UCCUUUUCUGUUGUCAUUUAUUUCUUCACUUCAAAUUUCAGCUCUCCUUUUCUCUUCUUCGAAAUCAGAAAAGAAGCAUGAAGAAGAAGAACGCUGCCACGAUAAUUCUUGUCAUAGCGGUUCUAAUCACCUGUUGCGGAACCCAGGUGAGAUCGGAUGCCUCCGAUCACCGCUACAAGGAGGGCGAUCCCGUCCCUCUCUACGCCAACAAGGUCGGUCCUUUUCACAACCCCAGUGAGACCUAUCGCUACUUUGAUCUGCCCUUCUGCACAACAGGUCGUGAGACAGAUAAGAAGGAAGCACUUGGUGAGGUGUUGAAUGGAGAUCGUCUUGUUGGUGCUCCCUAUAAACUGGACUUCAAGAAAGAGAAAGACUCUGAAGUAGUCUGUAGAAGGAAGCUGUCAAAGGAAGAAGUUGCUCGGUUCCGGAAUGCAGUGAAAAAGGACUAUUACUUCCAGAUGUAUUAUGAUGACUUGCCAAUUUGGGGUUUCAUCGGAAGGGUUGAGAAGCAAGGCAAAGCUGACCCUGGUGAAUACAAAUAUUUUCUUUGCAAGCAUAUCCAGUUUGAAGUUCUCUACAACACAGAUCGUGUGAUUGAAAUCAUUGCGCGAAUGGAUCCUCAAUCUAUGUUGGAUCUGACAGAGGACAAGGAAGUGGAUGCAGAGUUCAUGUACACUGUGAAAUGGAAGGAAACUGAGACUCCCUUUGAGAAGAGGAUGGAGAAGUACUCACAGUCUUCUUCGUUGCCACAUCACUUGGAAAUUCAUUGGUUUUCAAUCAUAAACUCAUGUGUGACUGUUCUCCUUUUGACUGGUUUUCUUGCAACUAUUCUCAUGCGAGUCUUGAAGAAUGAUUUCAUGAAAUAUGCCCAAGAUGAGGAAGCAGCUGAUGACCAAGAAGAGACGGGGUGGAAGUACAUUCAUGGUGACGUUUUCCGGUUCCCAAAGUACAAAUCUGUUUUUGCUGCUGCUCUUGGUUCUGGCAGCCAGUUGUUCACUCUCACAGUCUUCAUUUUUAUGCUUGCAUUGGUUGGUGUAUUUUAUCCAUACAACCGAGGAGCGCUAUUUACUGCACUGGUGGUUAUAUAUGCGCUCACGUCAGGGAUUGCAGGAUAUACAGCAACCUCUUUCUAUUGUCAGCUUGAAGGAAAGAACUGGGUGAGGAAUCUUUUGCUGACAGGUUCCCUUUUUUGUGGGCCUCUGUUCCUCACUUUUUGCUUCCUUAACACUGUUGCAAUUGCUUACAGUGCAACUGCAGCACUUCCUUUGGGCACUAUUCUGGUGAUAGUCCUCAUAUGGACGUUGGUAACAUCACCAUUGCUUGUAUUGGGUGGUAUUGCUGGGAAAAAUAUGAAGGCUGAGUUCCAAGCUCCUUGCCGCACCACAAAAUAUCCUCGUGAGAUUCCACCUCUGCCUUGGUACAGGAGUACCCUUCCUCAGAUGGCAAUGGCAGGGUUUCUCCCUUUUAGUGCUAUUUACAUUGAGCUCUACUACAUAUUUGCCAGUGUCUGGGGUCACAGGAUUUAUACCAUCUACAGCAUCCUGUUUAUUGUCUUCAUUAUUCUUUUGAUUGUCACUGCUUUCAUCACUGUUGCUUUGACUUACUUCCAACUUGCUGCCGAAGAUCAUGAAUGGUGGUGGAGGUCUUUCCUUUGUGGUGGAUCGACUGGCCUGUUUAUCUAUGGCUACUGCUUGUAUUACUACUAUGCGCGAUCAGACAUGUCUGGUUUUAUGCAGACCUCGUUUUUCUUUGGCUAUAUGGCUUGCAUCUGCUAUGGCUUCUUUCUCAUGCUUGGGACUGUUGGUUUUCGUGCCUCUUUGCUCUUUAUUCGUCACAUUUACAGGUCGAUCAAGUGCGAGUAGUGGCUUGAUUGGUCAUUUAGGUAAAUUCUUCUCGCUUCUGUUUUUCUGUCUGAGAGAAAGAUGUAUGAUUUUUUUAUGAUAAGUAGGUUGGGUAGUGCCUCCAGAAGCAAGCCUUGACUACUUCCCUAAAUUGGGUGUCUUCCGAUUCUGCUAUGUAUUUGCUCAUACCUUGGGGAAAAUUAUGAUAUUCUAGGCUUUGUUGAUCUUGGGAAUAUGUACUUAUGAGACAGACGUUGGGAGGCAGCUUGAAUUACUCCAAUUUACCUUUAACUCAAUUAUAGUACCCAGAGUAACCCAGUAUGAAUGAAGUUCCUACUUUUCCGUACUCAA